AAACGCCCCUCUAGGAAAAAUCCAUUUUCGGUCUGAUCUGGAAGUCCUGAAACCGAUUCAAACCGAACCUUGCCUGGUCCAGAGCGGGUCGUUUAUUGGUCUGGCCAGAGCGGGAGGAGGGAGCAGUAGCAUCGCAUUCCCGCCGCCGGUAGUACAUUCCAGAGGCACAGACGGAAGGAGAAAGAAGAAGAAGAAGUCGCCUGGCCAAAGAAGUGGAGCCGAAAGCGAAAAGGGUCGAUUGUAUUCACCGAAAGGAUCAAUCUUUUGGGAAAAUUCCCUGCAUCUGUGUGGUGGGAGCAAUCGGAGCAGAGCUGCAGAAUGGCUCUGUGGAUGGAGGCGGGUGCGGAGCCCAAGACUGAGAGCGAAAUGGUGGACCUUGAUGCCAUCGCUGCCCUCAAAGAGUCUGCUGCUAUCGAGCUCAAGGAGAAAGGCAACGAGUAUGUCAAGAAGGGGAAAAGGCAUUAUAAAGAUGCUGUAGAUUGCUACACAAGGGCGAUUAACCAGAAAGUUCCUAGUGACUCGGAUAACUCGACUCUUUACGCAAAUAGAGCGCAUGUCAAUCUGCUGCUUGGAAACUAUAGGCGCGCUCUUUCGGAUUCCGAGGAGGCAAUCAAGCUGUGUCCUACAAACGUCAAGGCAUAUUAUCGAGCAGUCAAAGCAUGUCUAUCACUGAAUCUGUUAGAAGAAGCCAAGACAUACUGCGAGACUGGACUUGAGAAGGACCCAGGUAAUGAGGAACUGAAAAGGCUUAAUCAGAAGAUUGAUUCUCAGAUUAUGGAGUGUCGAAAGCGUGAAGCUGAAGUUUCAGAUGCUGUUGCUGCUGCUAAGGGCCUCCUUUCAGCAAUUGAGGACCGGAAAUUGAAGAUCGGGAAGGCAAUGUAUCAGGAACUCACGGGUCUGAAAAAGCCCAUCUUGGACAAGAACAAUAUCCUUCAUUGGCCCGUCCUCCUCUUGUAUGCAGAGGUUAUGUCGAGCGACUUCAUUGAGGAUUUCUGCGAGACAGACAUGUUUUCAGCUCACCUUGAUACAGUCUUUUCAGAGCCUUUGCCUUGGGAUACAAAUAAUAAUUACACUCGCGAUGCUAUUGAGUUGUACUAUGAGGUCGGUUCUGCAGUCCCCACGUCAAGGUCGAGAAUUUUAAAGUAUUUCUUGGAAGGAACUGCAGCUGCUAAUGUGGAUCUUGAAUGCGAUGAAGAUUCAGCAGCUGCUACUUCUAAUCAAAAUUUCUCUACAGGAGAUGGUUCAUCCAAGUGGAUGGAAGUGAACGAAAGAAGAACACUCCAUGAUGUUCUCAAGGAGCCUAAUAUGAUUAUCCCCGGAAUCCCUGUGUUCUUUGUCAUCUCGAAAACCUCGAGCUUCUAUCAAGUUUUCAAAUCAGGAAAGUGGACGCCAGGAUUCUGAGGUGCAUAAGACGGAGCUGCAACGAGUUGCUUGAUCGUCUUUAUCAGGGAUUCCAUGCAAAUUGGUCAAGGACAAAAGGAAAACUAUCCCCAUUGAUGCUACGGAUCUCGGACCAGUAGUAGUCUAGGCAAUGUAUCUUUUGUUAUAGCUAUUGAAUCUCAUUGUGCUACUUGGUGUCCCCGUAAUGUUAGACGAAAGUUGAUUGACUCCAAUGUUGGCCCGAGAUUAUAAAAUCGAGACAGAUUAUUAAGACCGAAA